CAUCAUCUCCAGAAGUAUUCUGAUCCGUUCAGGAUCUCCUUCUGUCUACCAACUGAAACCAAAGAAAGAGAAGAUUGGAACUCUGACUAGAAUGACUGUUGGAGAAAGAAACAUGAAGAAGACCAAUAAAACCAUCUUACUGGUUGGAGAAACAGGAUCAGGAAAAUCUACUCUGAUCAACUCUCUGGUCAACUACACCAUGGGAGUGAAGUUUGAGGAUGAAGUCUGGUUUCAGAUCUCAGAAGAGGAGAAAAGAAGUCAGUCAGAAAGUCAGACAUCAGAUGUGAACGUGUACCAGAUCUUUGGUUUUGAAGAUAAAACUCUGCCCUACUCUCUGACCAUCAUCGAUACUCCUGGAUAUGGAGACACCAGAGGAAUUGAACGUGAUCUCAUCAUCAGUCAAAGAUUAUUUGACUUGUUUAGAUCAGAGGAUGGAGUUCAUGAAGUUAAUGCAGUGGGUCUGGUGAUGAAGGCCAGUGACAAUCGACUCAGUGAUCGACUGAUGUACUUUUUAAGUUCAGUGGUUUCUCUGUUUGGAAAAGACCUGGAGAAAAACAUCGUAGCUCUCAUCACACACUCAGAUGGAAGAAAACCUAGAAAUGCUCUUGAAGCUCUUGAAGCUGCAAAAAUUAAGUGUGUUGAAAAUGAGAAUAAUCAACCUGUUCACUUCCUGUUUAAUAACUGUCAGAAUGAAGAAAGAACAGAGGAAGAAGAAGAAUACCUAAAACAUGCUGAUCAAUUAUCAAUGAGAGGAAUGAGAGAGUUCACAGCUUUUCUGGAAAAAACUGAACCUCAGAAACUGGAGAAAACUGUGGAUGUUCUGAAUGAACGUAUCAGACUGACAGCCUGCAUCCAAAACUUGGAGGAGAGAAUAAAACUGACUGAACUGAAACAGACAGAAAUCAAACAGAUUCGAAAAGCUCUGAAGAAACAUGAAGAAGAGAUGAAGAACAAUGUAUACUUCGCUGUAGAAGUUGAUGAGGUCUACAAAGAUAAAGAACCUAUUAAUAGUGGGAUGAGGGCGUUGUUUUUUUAUACAGGAGCUGUCUGUUGUACUGUCUGUGAGGAGAACUGUCACUAUCCUGGAUGCACAAUGGUCUGGAAACCUGAACACUGUAAGGUCAUGAAGAGAGGUCACUGUACUGUUUGUACCAACAAAUGUCCUGUAUCAGCUCAUGUGAAGGAGACGUGGAAAUAUGUGACCAAGAUAAGAAGAGUUCAGGAAACUGAAAAAGAAAUGCAACAGAAGUAUGAGAAGAAUAAAUCAGAAAGUGAGAAGAAGUUGAGUCUUUUGGAAAAUCUUGAGAAAGAAAUGAACCAACUGAGAUCAGAGAAGUACCAGUUCCUGGAUGAGGCCUACCAACAUGUUGUCAAACUGGAGCACAUCGCCCUUAAUGUUGAUUCAGUGUCCACUUAUGUCCACUUGGACUUCCUGAUUGAUAAGAUGGAGGAGAGAGGAGACACAGACAAGGUCCAGAAACUGGAGGAGAUGAAAAACAGAAUGGAUGAAGGAACCAGAGCAGCACUGAGAUACAUGAAGACUAAACAGGAUUUGGAAAAUAGGAUUAAAUACUCAUGGAUGUAGACGAACAUUGAACAAUGAACAUGAACAUUGUUGUGAUGUUUCUGCUGUCGGCACUCUUUAAGCAUGAAUCAGUUGUUUCAUUGUGAUUGUGUUCAGUGUAACAUUCAUUUCAU